AUGUCCUUUGAUAUCAACUGGAGUACACUAGAAUCCGAUAAUCGACUAAAUGAUCUUAUUAGAAAACAUUUAAAUUCAUAUUUGCAGACUACACAACUACCAAGCUACGUAAGUAAUCUUAGAGUAUUGGAUUUCGAUUUGGGAAAAGUUGGUCCUGCGAUAACUCUAAAAGAGAUAACAGAUCCUCUCGACGAGUUUUAUGACUCCAUAAGAGACGAGCUCGAGAACAAUGAGGCAGAAGAAAAUGACAAUAACAAAAACGAACACGAACACGCCAAUAUUGAACAUCGUGUAGUCAAUCAAGAAAAUAUUAAUGAAGAUUCCGAGCCACUCGUAAUUAUGCCGUCCCCGAAUGACGUACAGUUUUUAUUAGAGGCCGAAUAUAAGGGUGACCUACUUGUUACAAUAGGUGCCGAUCUUGUACUAAAUUAUCCCGUUGAAAAGUUUAUGACUUUGCCAGUGAAACUUUCUAUUAGUGAUAUAGGGCUACAUUCUCUUUGCAUUGCAGCGUAUCUAUCAAAGCAACUAUUCUUCAGUUUUCUGUGUGAUGUUAGCGAUCCCGCAUUGGAUGAUAGUCAAAUUAUUUUGGAUCCUAAAGGACCAAUUCUGGCAGCUACUAAGCCGUUAGAACGAAUAUCUAUUGUAAGAAGUAUGAAGAUUGAAACGGAAAUAGGAGAGCAGUAUCAGGGACAGGGUUCUAUACUAAGAAGUGUUGGGGAAUUAGAACAAUUUAUGUUCACGAUUUUCAAAGAUUUUUUGAGAAAGGAAUUGGCAUGGCCAAGCUGGAUCAAUCUAGACUUUAACGAUGAUGGUGAACAAUAA